GCAAAGUGAGAUGGAAAGUCCUAUGAAAUUGGAGGCGGAUGUACUUGAAAAGCCUGGAGUGUUCAACGGCGGGGUAGCGUGGCGGUGACGCCAGUGUGGGUCUAUGGAGCGGGGUAGUUGAUGUUCACCGCAGGUGCCAUAAUUUCUCAACUCUCCAGCAAUAUCCUAUGCAAACAGGGCCUCAUUACGCCUUGAACCGGCUUUUAUCAGCACUCCACGAUGGAAGAAAAAUCUCUUGAGCACUCAGACCUUUGGACAGUUCAAAGAGCGCGACCUGUCGACGAGCUACAGCUUGCCCUAGAUUCGGUGCUCGGUUACUUUCACCUACUUGGCAAGUUGAAGACAACCAAGCGCGAGGGAUGGCGCCGCCAUGGAAUCGAUCACGGCGAAUCGAUCGCUGACCAUUGUCACCGGAUGGCAAUGAUGGCAAUGCUUGCUCCCCAGAAUCUUGAUCUCCAAAAAUGCCUCAACAUGUCGCUGAUCCACGACGUGGCGGAGUCCAUCGUUGGCGAUAUCACACCAAUGGAUGCUGUAUCGAAGACUGAGAAAAACAGACGGGAGGCCUUAACGAUGAAUCAUUUCCGCGAUACACUCGGUCCAGCUGGCGCCCUUCUGUGGGAUUGGUGGCAGGAGUUCGAGGCCGGAGAAACACCCGAAAGCAAAUUUGUCCAAGACUUGGAUAAGAUUGAGCUUCUCCUCCAAAUGGUGGAGUACGAAAAAGAGGGGAAAUGCAAGACUGACCUAGGCAGCUUCGCAGGCGCAGCGACCAAAAUCAAAACUCCAGAGUGUAAAGCAUGGGCUACAGAGAUCCUGAAAGCCCGUGAAGGCAUUUGGGGAGACAAGGAGCAUGUUCGGGGUGAGCUUGGAGAGGAAGGAGGCAUAUCAAAGGAAUUCAAGAAACAGCAAGAUGAUUACUACUCUGAGACGCGUUAGGUGGGCAAAGGCACGACCUUAUCUUCGAUCAUUUCCAAUAUCUCGUAAUCGCCUUCUGCACGCAUUCCGUAUGUAUGGGCAAUGUCCAGCUGGUGAAUUAGAGCCGUCUGGCAGCGCACAUAGAACCCUCAACAGCCGGUAUCACCUCCAUGUUGAAGUGUUAUCUUUUGUUUAAGUCUAUUCUGGCCAGCACAGUUCGGUUUUUGGUUGCAAAGAGGCUUGAAAUUCCUUGGAAAGUACAUUGAACUUUGAUUAAUACUAUUCACUCUCUCUAUUGAAUGCGCGACUUCCUAGGUCGAUGAGCCGUCGGACGCCAAGCAGGUAGUAUUACUGAUGCUUCAUCAUUUCGUGGUCUGCCGCCAUUUUGGCAUUCACCGGGCCUGAGCAAUUGACCCUUGUCAGGCGGAGGUGGAACAAGGAGAGCUAUAUUCGGAUCUAGUUUUGAUCCACUGUUAAUAUUUGUAGUUGUUUAU